AUGGUUACUGGACCCGAUGAAAAAACUAUCUAUAGUGUCCAGAAGGAGACUGAGGGAAGAUUCACUUUCAUGUCACACGAAACAGGGACGUACAGAUUUUGUUUUGGCAACUCCAUGUCAACUGUAACCCCGAAGACUGUGUCCUUCUCGCUACUGGUUGGGGAGGAUACACAGCAAGCAAGAGUUGCGAAGUCCGAGCAUGUCACUCCACUCGAAAAGUCGGUCAUGGCACUGGCUGAAGGGCUCCAGCAAAUCCAAACAGAGCAAGAGUACAUGAGGAUGAGGGAGCGAGCGCACAGAAACACGUCUGAAUCUACAAAUGCUCGUGUUCUUUGGUGGGCUCUAAUUGAAGCAGGAGCAUUGCUUCUUAUGAGUGUGAUUCAAAUUGUUUAUCUUCGAAAUUUCUUUGAGAACAAGAGAGCAUCAAAUCGCGGGGUGUAG